CAUCCUUCCUUAACUUUCUGCGAAAUCAAGCUUGUAAAUUCCGGCCUGCUUCAGUGUCAACGCCUGCUCUAUAAUUUUAUAAAUACUCUAUCGAUGUUGGCAUGAACAUUGCUCCAUUCACCAUUCAUUUGACAACUUUUGCAGCUUAAUUUUGUUUGACGUCCAAAAACCAUGGAAGCGACUUCUUUUCUUUGUAAUAAUCCUUUAGCUUCAGCUCUUCCACCAGGUCCGUUCUCUGGCGAUUUGAUAUGCCGAAAAAAGGGUUUCGGAGGUGCAAAAACACUGAAUAUCAAAAUAUUGGCGUCGAAGAGAGACGCUUAUAGUCACGGCUUCGAUGGCAAACUUGUUGAUGAGAGCAUGGUUGUGUUACGAAUGCGAAUUCAGGAGAUGACACAGUUGGAGAAGAGUUACGAGACACCCCAGCAUUGGAUGGAGUGGGAGAAGCAAUACAAGAAAGCAAAUUAUGACCUUGAUGUUUGUGAAGCAGUAGGAUACUUGCAAUCCAUACUAAUGGAAACAAGGCCUGGCGUGGCUCUUGGAAUGGGAGCUCUUCUUCUGUUUACCGUACCAACUUCAAUGGCUGUGCUUUUGUUUCAGGUCAUGGCUAUGAUCAUAAAAGGGUUACAAUUAGAAUUCACUUUUGUUCCUUAAUUUGAUACCAAAGGGGACUGAGAUGAAGAUGACAGAAUUCAAAGUCUCUCUUAUAAGUCUUCCUAAAUUUUCUUAACCAUUAAGUUAAAAAGCUGAAAAUAUUAUUAUUAUUUUUCAAUUAUAUCUAUACUUAUUAUUAAAUCGAAAUUAUAUCUAUACUUAUUAUUAAACCAAAUGCUUAAGUGUCAUAUUGUUACAAUAAAUUGUCCUUGAUAUUUUCCUUAAUCUCUUUCUCUCAUAUCUAUC